UUUCUUUCUCUAAGAGCAUUUUUCGUCUCUUCGCUCUGGAUGGAUACUUUGGAAAAAUUGUUCGAGCUUUUGCUUUCUUUCAACAACGACGCGUCGUUGUGUUUUUACGGAGAAUCGUUUGCUUUGUAGCUUGAUUUGUGUAGUAUGUCGUGAUCUUGUUAAAAAAUAAAGAGAGCUAUGUUUGCUCGAAAGAGUUUGAAAGGAUAUUAGUAUUACAGAUUAAGAUUUGUUAUCGAUAUCGUUGCUAUCUGCUCGAUUCGGCUUUAAAGUAACUGGCAUUGUAUACCGGUUGCAUGUAACCAUUAGGGUAUGUCGUUAGUCAUUGUUUGCGAAUCAAGGAGUAUUUAAAGCGCUCUACUUUAGCUUCGACUUGAUUUAAGGAAAUUGGUAUUGAUUGACGUUCGCGAUGGGGGACAGGGGUUUGUUCCACUUUUUUUUUAAGGAAGUGUUCGUUAGGUUUAUGAUAAUCGAUAAACUUAACGAACAAAUUGGAAGAUGAAAGAAUCUGUUGUGGCUACCGUCCUAAUUGCAUUCGUAACAAGGACACUAACUUUUUGUACUAUUCAUUCUGUUCUGGAGAUUCUGAAUAGAGACUUGUACAGUGUAAACAAGAUAUUCGAAUACUUGAAAUUUGGAUCGAGUAUCGUAUCAACGCCAGACCAGUACACCGAUACACGUGCCCUACCCGUCGGAGUAUUCAGAAUCCCGUUUAUUUUCCUUUCCAACCACUAUUAAUAGCUCAAUUAAUCCACGACUUUCAUCCGUUCCACGAUUUCAAUUCCCUCUAACAAUCACCGCGCGUCGAAUGGUAAAAGUAACUCCUCUCCUGUCGUCGAUGUAUUUGCACGCUAAUUGCAUGUGUUACGCACCGAUCGGUAGUUAGAUAAGAGCCACCGACUCUUCUGGACUGGUCGUGUGUUACGUACCGCGAUCCACUCUAGCCCUCGCUCAAGUCUCCCAGAAGUAGGUACGUAAAUUACGCCAGUGACAACACCAGCGUUUGUAUAAAACGUCACGCUUGUGUAUUAAACACGCACGAACUUAGGCGUUGCGCCACGUGAUACUGGCACCAGCCGCAGCUAUAAAGCCGUAGCGAGAAGUCAGUGCUAGCUCGGCGACUUUCGCGAUCAAACGCGCGCGGCUGGAACUCUCAGCUGGAUAUCGUUACUAUAGCCAUGUAUCUGCGCUUAGACUUGUCUCGGUGAAACUUACUUGCGUGACUAAUUGUAAAUUGUAAGUCCCUAGAGAUCGUUACCCCGCGAAUUGGGUUUACGCGAGAAGAACUCGUAGGUGUCGUUCGCCUUGUUGGUUCGCAUUAUCGUUACCGAACGAGUUCCAUUGUGACGCGGCAGGACUUUUCGCGCUCCCACGAGGCCGCCUCACGUUUCCUUCGCACGGCUCUACGAACGAGACACGGAGAUAGGCUAAAAUUAUUCCUGGCUGAUAGGGAAACAGUAAAGCAGGGAGGCUUGGCGUCGCGCCUGCUACAAAUGAAGCGAGUUUCAAGGUAGUACAAGUUCCCUCUCCCACACAUGCAUGGGUUCUUGGCUUGUUCGAUUACCACAGGUUCCUCUUGUGCACUGGCGACCACCGUCUCACCCCCCACGUGUACCGGCUGCCACUUCUGAGCACGAUCGGUAUCAGACAUGACCAACGACAAACAGUCAUGGUUCAGAGGUGUUCGGAGCAGCAAGUUUCGGCACGUUUACGGCCUGCCAGCCAAGAGGGAGAAAUGCUACGACAACAUCAAGAUCACGAAGAACGCCCACGACUCGCAGUUCUGCGCCGUGAAUCCCAAGUUCCUCGCCGUGGUGACGGAGGUCGCGGGCGGUGGGGCGUUUCUCGUAUUGCCGCUCGAUCGCACUGGUCGACUGGACUUCAAUGCGAGCAGGGUGACUGGUCACACUGGCCCAGUGUUGGACAUCAAAUGGAAUCCUUUCAACGACAACGUCAUCGCCUCCUGUUCCGAUGACUGCACCAUAAAACUAUGGCAUAUACCAGACGGUGGUCUGUCCCGAAACUUGACCGACUGGUUGGUGGAUCUGCAAGAGCACAAACGCAGGGUCGCGUACAUAGAAUGGCACCCGGUAGCCGAGAACGUGCUCUUCAGCGCUGGCUUCGAUCAUUUGGUGAUCGUUUGGGAUGUAGGCAGAGGAGUCGCCGUCAGUGUGAUCGAUAGACAUCCAGACGUGAUCUACAGCAUAUCUCUGAAUCGCGACGGCAGUUUGCUCGCUACAACUUGCAAGGAUAAGAAGCUGAGAGUCUUCGAGCCUAGAUCUGGUAUCGUUGUCUCUGAAGGAAUCUGUCACGCUGGGACCAAAGCCAGCAAAGUGGUUUUCCUCGGUGACUCUGGACGUCUCCUCACGACAGGUUUCAGUCGACACUCUGACAGACAAUACGCCAUUUGGAGUCAGCACGACCUGAGUGCCCCUCUGACGUGCGAGACCAUCGAUUCCUCCAGUGGGGUCGUGUUCCCGUAUUACGACAAUGACACCAAUAUGGUGUACCUGGCGGGAAAGGGCGAUGGCAACAUUCGAUACUACGAGGUGGUUAACGAGGCCCCUUGGAUGCACUUCCUCAGCCAGUUCAUUUCUGGAAAUCCGCAGAGAGGAUUGGGCGUGAUGCCAAAGAGAGGCAUUACCACCUCCACGUGCGAGGUGUUCAGAUUCUACAAACUGCACGCCACACGUGGAAUGUGCGAGCCCAUAUCGAUGAUAGUCCCUCGAAAGAGCGACCAAUUUCAGGAAGACUUGUACCCGGAUACCAUUGGCACCUGUCCCGCUCUGUCGGCCAGGGACUGGAUCAGCGGCAUGAACAGUCCACCGAUUUUAAUUUCCCUGAAAACCGGAGGCAGCAUUACCACGCACAAGCCACGCGUUUACAAGCCACCACAGCUUCCUCCAUCGACCGACCUGAACAACAAAAAGAAAUUCGCGUUCCUGUCCGCGGAGACUGUGCCCGACUACAGGCCAAUCGAAUUGCACGAUAUGUCGGAGAAAAGCCAGAAAACCUCCAGCAAUCAGAGCACCAAGUUCCAGCAGCUGCAGCAAAAGUUUGGGAACGUUGUGCUACAGAAGAACAUCAUCACAGCCCCCCUGAACGACAACAAAAUCCUGGAGACCGUGGACAUACCCAACAACGAAGCUGAGCUGAGAUUAGCGUUCGCUCGUCAAACGGACGAGUUAAGACUGGUGCGACGACAGCUCGCCAGCAGCCAACUGCGCGUCAAAGAGUUGGAGGAACAGAUUCGCAAACUUCAACGUCAGUAAAGCUUUACCGAGAACUUUAACACGUUCGAGCCUGAUAACUCAGCCUACGAGCCACGCAACAUCUGACUUGUUCAGUCCUACGGAUCUGAUCAGAACUGCAAAAAUGUUGACUGCUAUCCAAGAUAGUAAUACAUCGGUCUCGAACGUGUUAACGCUUGAAAAACGUUUUCUGUAGCUUCGCUGCUAGCUGUACGAGUGAUAUGGUACUUAACGAAUAAGUAACGCAUUCCGUCAUGGACGAUGCGACGCCUGAGCUUUCGAAAUGUUGCGCAGAGAAAUGGUGCAUGAUAAUUUCAUGGUCGCAUUGAAAACAACGUAAACAACGGACACUCAAACUUUGUUGACGAUACGAUUUUCUGGUGAGGCAAUCGAUAAGUGUCCAAGAGUCUAGGCAAAAAAUGUUGUAUACACUGUAGACCUAUUGCGUGUUAUUAACAAAUUGUAACGAAAACAAGACAUCGCCCAUGUUUAUAGCGGAACCACUGAAUGCUACGUAUUUACUUCAUUGAUUACUUUUGAUUUUAUAUGAGACUAUAUGACAAAAUAGACUUGGAGUGUAUAUGACAUUUUUUUGGGUGACCGGCUGAACACGAUGAGGUUGAUUGAAUUCCUCACUAUAGAUUUCUCCAGCUAAAUUUUUAAUUCUCAAUUAAAAAUUUGUAGGUCCUUUCUCCAUCACUCUACUCCAUUCUCUUUGCUACCUUUAUAUGAUCUUGUACCGUCUUUAGCGUACACCAACGGAGCAACAAUAAUUUAGUCAAUUCCCGUCAGAACACCCUGUCGAAAAAUGCGUAGAAAAACUGAACAAAAAAAAUGAAGAAUAAAUAAUUGUGAUUUACACUAUUGCCUUCACUGUACAGACGAGAUUUUGUCUAUAUAGAAAGUGUUGAUACUUCUCCGCGAUCAUUGGUAGUUCUCUUCUGCGUCAUUCGUGUGAUUCUUCUCUGAAUCGUUUUCUUUCCACCGAGUCGAGUAGUUUUACUUCGCUGGCGCACCAUAGUCACUUUAGCAUUUCCUUUGCUUCGCUGAGACUUAGUAUGAUAUCAACUUUUUACGGAGUGUUUCGCGAAACGCGGACGUGUGAACUUCAAAGGUAAAUUCAACGCGUAGAUCUAAAGAAAAGUGUGUCCAAAUUUGGUAAAACAUUCCGUGUAAACGUACUCUGAGGAACACAAAGAUUGUUUAGAGUACUCCAGUGGCAGUAAUGCUAACAUCUGGUGAAGUGAACAGUCUUUGUGUUUUUUAGAGUGUGAAGAAGAAAGAUAAAGCUUUGAGGAAGUAUUAGAUUUCGAAUAAGAUAUUUGAGGCUUUCGUGGCCAUUCACAGUUAAUGUUAACUGAGACUUCUUGGUCUUGGACUUGUUCUCUGAGUAGAAUACUCUGACCUUUGACUACUAUUGCGGUUAGCUACUUCAAAAAUCAAAGAUGCACUGAUAUUAGCAUACCUCGUGUAGUAUGAUUGGUAUUUUAACGUAUCGCCAAGCGAUUUAAAGAAGUCGGCUGAGUAUCCUGCCCAAAAGACAUGGUCUACACCCAGAAGCCCCAGGUGACAUCAACCACUACAAGUACACGAAUAAUUGUACCUGUCUUGUGCAUACGCACGUUUAUCGUAUGCGAUUCGUUCUUACGUAGAAUUGUCGUAUACAGAGUGAUAGAUAAAUGCAGGCGUUUAGAAGCUGCGACGGGGGAUAUUAAGAUGCAAUAAAAUGUCACGUUGGAACAUGUGAAUGAAGCACAAGAUAUAUAAAGACUAACAAAUAACGAUUAAAGACUAAGGUUAUUCGGGAAACGAAAGAUCGCUACAGUCGAUGCAUUUAAGCGAUAGUUUUCUUUUCAUAUGAUUUCGAUAAAUUCAUCCAUCGGUCGAUGAUUACUUGCAAUUUCUAUUUAUUACUCUGAUUUACACCAGUUUACGAUUAAUUUGUAUUUUUAAUAGUCAAUAAUAUCAUCAACUUCUUUAACGGCUGUACAUUGAUUUAUCUAAUAUUUAAUUUUUGAACUAGAUCGUAUUCUAUUCACUUUUAGCGUGUAAGAUAAGAUAAAGAUGGUCUUAGCUUACAUUAACUUUAAGCUACUCGAAUACCCAGCGUUUAUAUUUAAUCACUGUCACAAUCACUGCCAUGCCACGGGUGGCAAUACUAAGUUUCCCUUCUCGCAAACGUGUGGCAGUGACAAUAUAUAUAUAUAUUAUAUAUAUUUAUUAUUGUACAUUAACGAUUAGUUUCGAACAUUAGCUUGACAUCUUUUGUACGUUAGAGUGUUGAGUGCAAUACACGCGCGGAACAUAGAACAAUUAACAAAAGAACAAAAACGAAUCAUUGGAGAAGAGGAUACGCGAUCCUCGAUUCAAUUCUAUUUACAUUAAAAAAUAACGCCGAUAUGUAUGUGUGUGUGUGUCAAAUUAUAUAUUGUCUAGGACCAACAAACGGGAGAUUGUUAGUCACCAUGAAAUUACCGCUUGAUAGUGAUCGAAUUAAGCAAUGGUUUAUACACUGUUUAUAUAUAUACAUGUAUUUUUCAUACGAUAUAUAUAUAUAGCUGUAACUUCGAGCAGAUAAAUAUAUAAACUUGAGUAAACGAUUCUCGCAACUUAUACGUGUUUAUGCGUGCUUCAAAUUUGUCAUUGUUAAACGAAAACGUUCUGAUCCGAUUCGUACAUAUAUUUUUUUUUUAAUUCCUGGUAAAAUGAUAGGAGUAUAUUCCUAAAGCAUCGAUAGAGAGUCACGUUCGAUAUUUACACGUUUUCGUUUCACAUUGCUGACUCACAACGCAGAUGGGCAAAAUUUAUUCGAAUAAGACCAGCUCAGAUACACUAAGUUCGUUAAAAAGAUACAUUUUUCAUUCCAUAAUUUAACCUGUAAUCUUCAUUCAAUGAGUGACGCAUAGAAAGUUUAUUUUUUAUUCCUUAUUUGAAAUGUUUAUCUAGAUUCGAAUACUGCUCAUCUCUGCUUUGAAGCUUUCGUGCUUACGAUAAAGUUUGCUCCAUCGCUUACGAGCGUGUACGUCGUAUCAAAGAGUGCUAAUCCUACGUACUGUUUACUGUAUAAACGGAUAUACAUAUACCAAAGAGCGUUAACGUGCAAAUACCUUACAGAUCGUCGUGAAAUAAUUUGUUAUCAGCGGUUGGUCGACUAUCAUAUUUUAUUUAUACGCAGAGAAACAAGAGGUGUGUCUGUAACAUGGAGAACUAACGGACAUCUCGUCCGUAAAUAAAGAACAAAGCAUUCAGUC